CACCAUAUCCGUAUUGGAUAAGGAUUCCAACACCAAAAAUGUAACCCUAACUUAUCUACCACUUAAUUCGACCCACUCACGUUCGGGCGACAAUGUUGCUUCUGACGCCAACGAAAAGAGCGACCGAGGUUUUAUUGUGGUCGACCAAAAAUAACAACUUAAACUACAAACGGUCAACCAUAUGAUCUUUGAGGUCAAUCGCGAUGAGUCCUCAGGGUGCCUAAAUUAGUCAAUUCGAUCGACCGUUGUUACGAUUAGGUCAACCGAAAUGUCCAUGUCACGGUGACAUGCAUGUCACCAUAGGCACACCCAAAAUAUUAUAUAUGUGUAAAAAUGAGAACAGUUCUAGAUAAAAAUACAUACACAAAUGAAUAAUCGGACGAGUUUAGCUUAGAUGAUAAGACAAUCAUAAUCACCUAUUAUCCGCAAUAUUUGGGUUUGCGUUUUAUCCAAACCCAUCGAAAAUCCGUCGGGUUCGAGUUUUACCUUAUCCGAUUAGGUCAGAUUCGGACGGAUAUACAGGGAUGUGGAUAUUGUUGUCAUCCCUACUUUUUUAACCAAAAUAUUGCAUGCUUUGAGUCUAGACUCCCACGGUUUUUUCCUUGAGCUGCAUAUCAAGGUGACUUUCCGAGAUGUCACUCAUCCUUGCACUGCUUCGCAAUAAAAAACUACGUUAAGAGAAUUUAAAUUGGCAGAGUGCUGAAGUCUUACCAACACUAUAUUUCUCAAAUUUAGUACCAAAUUUACAUGUAAUUUUACAUGUUUUGGCAAGUUGAGGGGGGUUAUAGCCUCCCUCUGAGCUUAAGGUUGUUCCGUCAUUGCUCCCCCAUACUCUGUCAAUGUGAUUUGUCUAAGAUGUUAAAUACACCCCUAUUUAGGAUUCAACGUACUCGUCGACACUUGCCUCACCAUUGCCCAAAAGGGAGGCAGAGAGUCUGAUACCACUUAUAACAUCUCGAACCCUUUUCCAACCAAAAUAUUGUCUGCAUUGGAUAUAAACCAACACAACCUUUUUUUCUUGGGCUGCAUACAGUGGCGGAGGGAAGACGAGAAGAGAGGGGCUCUAACCAAGGACCCCAAUCAGCUCAAAAACUCAUUAGAUACACAGGCUUCAGUGUUAUUAAUUUUUGGUAAGGACCCCCAUGAGUUUAAAGUCUGGUUUCGUCACUGGUUGCAUAUUAAGAUUGACUUUCCAAGAAGUCACUCAUCCUUACACUGCUUCACAAUAAACACACUAUUAACUUCGGAACUGUUACAAGAACUCUUCCAUUACACUCUAAAACCAUGUCUUGUAUAGUACAAUUAAACAAUCGAAUCACCGAUACAAUAUGAUUUUACGGUGUUAACUAUAAUAAAGUCGCCGGAUGGGACUAUUUAAGACGGGUCGCGUUGCAUGGAUUGGGCGGAAAGGAAGGGAAGGCGAGAGAAGGUUGAGAAACAGAGGGCAGAGGCGCAGAGCCGCUUGGCAAUGACAUUGACACGCACGGUACUUCCACAAGCUGCCACAACGCCCAAACAAACACUUUCUCUGCAUGGCCGCCACGCAGGCCCAACAUCGUGCACUUCACCCGUCCGUUUCACAGCAAUAAAACCAGCAAAGUAGUAUCACCUCACCUCCCUAACAACUAAGAAGAAGAAGAACAAGAAGAAGAAGAACACAGAGCAAAAAAACAGAAUGGCAAGGGAGUUGGAGAGGAGGGAUGGGAUGUCGACGGAGGCGCCUCUUGCUCCUGUCACCUUCGAACGACAUGUUCGGGAUGACCUCGAAGAUCGGCUGCCCAAGCCAUAUAUGGCAAGAGCAUUGGAAGCUCCGGACGCAGAGCACCCGUAUGGGACGCCAGGCCACAGGCACAAUGGCUUGAGUGUGCUUCAGCAGCAUGUCGCCUUCUUCGAUCAGGACGACAAUGGCAUCGUUUACCCUUGGGAGACUUACAGUGGAUUUCGACAGAUCGGUUUCAACCCGAUUUUCUCUCUGAUUAUGGCGGUCGCGAUCAAUGUGGCUCUCAGCUAUUCCACUCUCCCUUCGUGGUUUCCUUCACUGCUGUUCCCAAUCUACAUUUACAACAUUCACAAGGCCAAACAUGGCAGUGAUUCGGGCACGUACGACACCGAAGGAAGAUACUUGCCCGUUCAGUUCGAGAACGUGUUCAGCAAGUACGCGCGAACGGAGCCUGACAGGCUCUCGUUCGGGGAGCUUUGGGACAUGACUGAGGGAAACAGGCUUUCCUAUGACUUCUUCGGAUGGAUUGCCUCCAAAGUGGAGUGGGGGAUUCUGUACGUCCUUGCGAGGGACGAUGAAGGGUACCUCUCGAAAGAGGCUAUAAGGCGCUGCUUCGACGGUAGCUUGUUCGAGUACUGCGCUAAGAGGAACAUGGGAGGUGAUCUAAAGAUGCACUAAGGGUGGAAAACCGUCUUUUCGUUUGGAGAUCAGUGUAAUAAAACUCAGAAGCUCUGAGACAGAUCAGACAUGUAGAGUCAUGUUCUAGUCCUCGUAGAACCAGGCAGCAGUAAAUGUAAUGAAAAAAA